CUCAACUGGAGCCUUGAUUGGGAACAUGCUAUCUGUCUGCUGAUCUAGCAAGUAGAGAUCAAACAAAUUCAACAUGCACCAUCUUUGAGUUAAAAUGUUUUCCCAAUUUCAAACCAGUCGCCACUUAUCAUGAAAAGUGUUCUCUUGGGCUGCAAAUUAUAUUUUUUCCACCCCCAAAAACCCACCACCACUCUUAUGUUUCAGAGAACUUAUUAUCCAAAAAUGUCUAUAUGCUUCACUAUUAUGAGGUCAACUGAAUGAGAUUUGUGGUUCAGCCGAGAAAGAGGGAAUGUUGUUAAUGGCUGCUGGCUUGUGGACAGGCACAUCCUGUAGUUAGUGUGCACGUACUAUGUGCAGUCUCAGAGACGCUCGCCACAAUUAGCAGUCUUGCUUGAACAGAAAGAGGGCGGGAUAUAGUGUGAACAGACACAAGCGCCCCCAUUUCAGUAUCUACUAUAACCAUGACGGACAGCUUUAACAAGUUCAGAUCCUACACAACGAUGACCGUGCCUCCUUUGGAAACUUUUCUUAGCUCAUCUAUUGGUCCACUCUCUCAAAAAAACUCCAGGAGCCAUGGAAGAGCUUCUGUCUUCAGAUUUCUGAGCAGAGAAUCAAGCGGACAAGCCAAGCCAAGCAGUCGGUGGCCAUCCAACACUGGUUUACCAGACCUCAAGGCAGCAACAAAGACACGCUCAAGGCCUGCGUACCAACUGUAGCAUAGUGAUGAGAUGGGAGAAUGAUGAUGUAGCACUGGCACUGGUUUACGCCUACUUCAAGCAAAUGCAUACCUGAUGGACAGUCUUACUUUUUGUGGUUUGUGGGAAACACACAACCUACAACUUCUCUCCAUUGACCAGGAUAAUAAUGCUCCAUUAGGUCUGACAUUGAUUUCAGCGUAUUUCAUCGCAUUAUUAUGGUUUACUGCAUUUUAUCAUACUGAGAGACCUGAUAGCAUAUGUUUCCAGGAUGCAGGUGUAUAUAAUGUUGUAGUUACAGUAACCUCUCUUGAGGAAAUGGAUGCUGAAAACAUGGGUUCAUUCUUACCCUGAUACAUUUGCACCAUUUCGCAACCUAAAUUGAAUGCCGGACAUAAUCAAUCCCAUCCAAGCUGUAAAAUGAAUGCUGCUUGGAGGGCAUUACAUGAGGUUUUGAAUGCAGUGGACUAAUGUCAUUAUAAACGAAUCCAUCCCUCACCCAAAACCCAUAGUGCAUUUUCCUCUCAGGAUUUCAUUUUGAAAUGAUAACUCUGGUGAGUGACUAAUGGUGGAUAUUAUUCUCCUAUUAUUCUCCCACUUUUUGUAUUGUGACCGAACUAGGCUUUAUACCGUAUAGCAGGGGUCGGGAACCUAUGGCUCGCCAGCCAUAUGUGGCUCUUUUAUUGUCUGCGUCUGGUUAUCAGACGUUUUUUAACACUAUCACUUUUUUUAAUGUAUUUUUCAACAUUUGAAAGUAAAGUGUUACAGAAAUGACCAUGUUAAAAAAAACAUUCCAAAUAUAACAUUAUCAUAAACAUUAACGUAAACAUUAUCAUAUAUUUUAAUCCCUCCUCUGUCCAUUUUCUACCAAUGGCUAGCCUUGGGGUAAUUUCCGGCCAGACGCCAAUGCACGAUGAUAAUUGGCUAAUGCGGUAGCUUACCAGUUCAUUGAGUGGUCAAGAGGUGAACUUCACACUUUUGCUGAAGAAGAUGUCAAAAAGAAAGUAGCAGUAAAUUUCAACAUGAAUGGACCGAGGAAUUGGCCUUUGUGGACGGAGCAGGUUUGGCCGUGUGCUUAAUAUGCACUGUAUUUCAUCGAUGGAACAUCAAAUAUAAUGCAGUAUUUUGACACACAUGCUACAUUUGCAAAUGAAUAUCCAGCGGAGGACAGUCAAGGCAUGACAAGAGAUGCCUUCCCAAUGCAAGCUAGCAAGCAACAACUCCACGCAUGGAACCGACUGGACUGACUGAACUACUUCAGCAAUUGUGAGGAAUGGAAAGCCAUUCACAGAUGGCGAAUUUGUCAAAACAUUAAUCCUCAGUCCAGGGUGUACCCGCCUCUCGCCUGAACACAGCUGGGAUAGGCUCCAGCAUACCCGCGACCCUAGUGAGGAUGAGCUGCACAGACGAUGGAUGGAUGGAUAGAUAGAUUGAUAAAAGGCAUGCCUGAUCAUACCACCAUGAUGGCAAGCUAAGUGAAACCUCCACGCCUGCAUGAAGCUUAAACUCACCACGUAUUAAACAGACUACAAAACCAUCAGCAAAAACAUGCAGCACCAGAAGUCACAUUUAUGCUAAGUAUAUUAAUGAUGGAUCAGUACAACAACUUUAAUCAAAAGAAUAAAUGCAGAGACUUACGAUAUUUUGAAAGUAUUGGUUUUAUGUGAAAAUGCAUAUAUCGUAUUUUCCGGACUAUAAGUCGCACUUUUUUUCAUAGGUUGGCUGUUCCUGCGACUUAUACUCCAGAGCGACUUAUAAAUGAAAAAAGUGUUUAUGUUACAUAAACACUGGACACCUUUUCUGUUCACGUUUAUUUUUGGUGUAGCUGAAUAACCAUUGUGUUAGCAUAUCUUACACCUAUUCAGCCUGUUCUCUAUUCUUUUAUUGUUAGAACUUGCCUUCCAAGAGAACGUAAUGUCUGUUUUGGUCAAGUAGUUGGUAAAAUAAAUUACCUACAAAAAAUGCGACUUGUACUCCAGUGCGACUGUGCGACUUAUGUAUGUUUUUUUCCUCCUAAUUAUGCAUUUUGGCCUUGUGCAACUUGUACUCCAGAGCAACUUAUAUAUUUGGUGUUAUAUAUUAACAGAAGUGCUUUUUUGGGGGGGGGGAUUUAAUGGCUCUCUUAGCCAAAAGGUUCCCAACCCCUGCCGAAUAUACACUACCGCUCAAAAGUUUGGGAUCACUUGCAAAAUGUCUUUGUUUUCCAAAGAAAAACACAUUUUCAUUCAUUUCACAAACAAUGAAAAUGAAUCCGAUGAUUUUCAAAGAAGGAUCUACAUUUUUGCAUAGAGGCCUACUAUCAACAACUGUCAGCCCUCUGCAUCAAUCUCCUGGUAUGGCUGCUAAUCCUAUUUCAUCAUUUUAUAAGGCUAAUAGACUAUUAGAAAACCCAUCUAAAAAAUCUCUUACCAAGUCGUUAACUACUCCCUUCAGAGUGCAGCACAAACUGGGUCUAACAAGGACAGAAAAAGGAGUGGGAGGCCCCGAUGCACAACUGUGCAAGAAGACAAAUAUCUGAGAGUGUGUAGUUUGGCAGCUGCAUUAAAUAGUAGCCGUCAAACACCAGUGUCAGUAUGAACAGUGAAGCGGCGACUUCAGGAUGCCAUAUCCAUAUCCAUAGCCAUAUGUCAGACUGGCCAAAACAAUUUCCAAGUGAUCCCAAACUUUUGAGCGGUAGUGUACAUUUCAAGGAUUGUUAAAAUAACAUAUUGUACGUCUGUGUGUUGUCACAGAGGCUCAGUGGUGUUUCAGCAGGACAAAUCCCAAGAGCACAAGUGUAAUGUGAUGAUAUUAUCUAUGCUUGAUGAAGCAAUAAUAUACAUGUAGUAAUUACAUAAAGAGGGACGGGAGUUAUUUGUAAUAAGUGUUGUAGCUGAUGGGGAAUGCUUUGCCUAUUAGAGAAGCAGCAUUUACUGUAGCUGGGUUGUGAUUUUAAUGAGUGUGUCAUGCCUGUCAUCGCCUACCCCGCCUUCACCUUGGAGACACCGCCUCCUGCCUGAUUGCGCUCAGGUGUCCCUCAUCACCUGAUUACCUUCUUGCUAUUUAUUGCCUCCGAUGCCUCCUGUCUGGUGCAAGUUCGUUGUACAUUCAUGUCUCGUCCUAGCACUCCUUGUUAUCGCCUCGCCUGGUUUUCGACCCUUGCCUGCUUUUCGACCCUUGCCUGCUUUUCGACCACCCCUCCUGCCUGCCGCUCUCGGAUACCUUUGCCUUAUUGGACUGACUUACCGUGUACCGACCUUCACCCUCGUGUAGUACCUGCCAACUCUGCCUUUGGGUCCUCCUUCCCACGUCCCCUCGUGACAGAACGAACUUGCCAUCAUGGACCCAGCGGAGUUGGAGUCCGUUCGACAGGCACUCCGGACGCAAGGACAGCGCCAGAGCCAACAAGAGGAACAGCUUGCCGCUCUAGGCACGGCGUUGCAAUCCCUGUCGGAGCGACAGGACGCCAUGGCUGGGAAUCUAGGCUCCCAGCUUAACUCCCUGCAGUCGGCUCUUCAGCCCGCUGCUCAACACGCGGCCCCAGUGGAUACAGCAGCGGCUCCGCUCCCUCCACCGGUCCUGACUUCCGCCUUGCCGGCCGCUACGUGUCCACAGUUGUCACGGCCGGAGUGGUUCUCUGGCGAGUCGGGUGACGUACGCCCCUUUUUAACCAAGUGUGAACUCCAUUUCGAACUUCAAGCCCCCGCGUUCAUGUCAGAACGUGCCCGGGUGGCUUUUGUGAUCUCCCAUCUCACGGGCAGGGCAGGAGCGUGGGCCACCACGGAAUGGAGCCGUCGGUCCGCUGUGUGCGAGUCCUACGCAGCAUUCUCCAAGGCACUGGAGCAAGUGUUCCAACGUCAGCCGUCCGGCAGAGAAGCAGCUCGCUCCCUGCUCCAGCUACAUCAGGGGCGUCAGCGUGUCACCGACUACGCUGUCGAAUUUCGCGCUCUAGCGGCUAACAGCGACUGGAACGCCCCCGCGUUGUUAGACGCAUUUUUUCUUGGACUGUCCCCCCACAUUCGUAGACAAAUGAUCCCUCUGAAACUGCCAGGAACAAUUGAUGAGCUCAUCGCCUUGGCGGUCAUGAUUGAGAAGCGCCUUCAUGAUCAUGAGGAGGAGAGCAGGUCACGCUGGCGAGAUUCCACCACACACUGGGGUGGCAACCUAGGGCACGUCAACAACGUCCGGCCCACCCCUGUCGCCGUGCCACUUGCUGCGCCCUCUGCUGACGAACCCAUGCAACUAGGACUAACCCGCCUGUCUCCAGAAGAAAGGACCCGCCGCCGAAGUGAGGGCAGGUGCUUUUAUUGUGGUCAAGGGGGACAUCUAGUGGCUAAUUGUGGGGUCAAGAUGGGCAAAACAAGCAACCUGGGACAUGGCUCGGUGAGUCUUAAUGUCAUUAUCAGCAAUCCUGCUCUCUAUAAACCUUUGAUCCAAUUUUGCUCUCUGCAUACAUCCAUCAUGGUACCUGUAUUUGUGGACUCUGGGUCAGAUGCCAAUCUCAUUAGUACUUCUCUCGCCAGGAAACUAAAGCUUCGCCUGUGCCCUCUACGACACCCCCUAACGGUGAAGGCGGUGGACGGAAGUUCUCUGGGCAAAAUUAGUCACAGAACUCAUCCGGUCAAGAUCUCAUUUCCAGACAAUCACACAGAAAAACUAAGCCUCCAUGUAUUCUCUAGCUCUGAUCAUGAAGUUAUCUUAGGGCAUCCUUGGUUGAAGCAGCAUAACCCCCACUUCGAUUGGGCGUCUGGUCAGAUCGUCUCGUGGGGGCCCGGCUGUCAGGACAACUGUUUGGUGAGUGCCAAAACAGUGAUGGAACAAGGGGAGGUCAAUCUAGACUCUGUUCCAGAGUGUUACCACGAUUUAGCUGCUGUGUUCAGUAAAGUCAAGGCCAAGUCACUGCCACCCCACCGGGUCCACGACUGUGCUAUUGACCUGUUGCCAGGAACCACACCCCCACGGGGAAGACUCUUUUCCUUGUCCCCUCCCGAACGUCGUGCUAUGGAGGAAUACAUUCAGGAGUCACUUGCAGCAGGGAUUAUCAGGCCUUCCUCAUCUCCUGCGGGGGCUGGUUUCUUUUUCGUAGAGAAAAAAGACAAAUCCCUUCGGCCAUGCAUAGACUACAGAGGACUUAACGACAUCUCCAUCAAGAACCGGUAUCCCCUGCCCCUCAUUGCCACCGCCACUGAGCUCCUGGAAGGAGCUAAGAUUUUCACCAAGCUGGAUUUGCGUAAUGCUUAUCAUCUUGUCAGGAUACGAGAGGGGGACGAGUGGAAGACGGCCUUCAACACCCCAACCGACAUUAUGAGUACUUGGUGAUGCCCUUUGGACUGACCAAUGCUCCAGCAGUGUUUCAGGGCCUGGUCAACGACGUUUUGAGGGACAUGUUAAAUAUUUUUGUGUUUGUUUAUCUUGAUGACAUUCUUAUUUUUUCUCGCGAUGAAUCUACUCAUGUGCAGCAUGUCAGGAA